ACAUUAAUCUAGUGUACUUUAAAGUAUACGAAACUUUCUCUGCUAAACAAUUGCAUACGAAAAACAGAUUAUGAUCGCAUUGAAAGUAUUGUUCGUUUUGUGCUCAGUCCAUCCCCUCGUCAACGGGGUAGGUUUUCGGGGAUUUACUUUUAAAGGUUUGGAGGAGCCAGAAUCAUUAACAAAAGAUGCAGGCAAGAAUAUAGUUGAGGGUUGGAUCACUCAGCCACUCGAUCAUUUCAAUCAUCGCGACAAUCGCACUUGGUCGAUGCGUUACAAAGAAAACUCCGCAUUUCUGAAGAAAAAUGGCCCUAUCCUGAUCAUGAUCGGCGGAGAAUGGGAGAUAACAAAUGGAUUUUUGCAAGGUGGACUGAUGUACGAACUCGGCGUAAAAUACCACGGUUUGAUGUAUUACACCGAACAUCGGUUCUAUGGACAGAGCAGACCAACGAAAAACAUUAGCACGGAGAAUUUACAAUACUUAAACGCCGACCAGGCACUCGCCGAUCUUGCUUAUUUUAUUGAAACGAAGAAAAAGGAAAAGCACUUAGAAAAGAGUACCGUAAUAGUAGUUGGUGGCUCUUAUGCUGGAAAUAUGGCGGCGUGGGCACGCCUCAAAUAUCCUCAUCUCAUCCAAGGAGCCUUAGCCAGCAGUGCUCCGGUUCAGGCAAAGGCUGAUUUUUAUGAAUAUUUCGAGGUCGUGACAGAUGCGCUCGGCAAAUACAAUAAAAAGUGCGUUGAAUCUGUUAAAACUGCAUUCGCAUCGAUAGAGGAAUUAUUAGCCAUGCGAGCCGGUCCACGUAAACUUAAACUUCUCUUCAAAUUAUGUCACGUGCCUGACGUAAAAUCUCCUAGUGAUCUUGGUUACUUCAUGAAUACGUUGUCAGAGAUAUUUGCCGGAGUCGUUCAGUAUAAUAAAAUCGAGAACAGUGAAACAGGAAUCGCGGCAUUGUGUGAUAAAAUGACAGCUAAGCAUUUAGGCAGCCCCCUACAGAGACUUGCGCGCAUCUUUUCGAAUCAGGAGAAGUGUAACGAUGUAAAUUAUAAUAAUUUUCUAAAGAUAUAUCGAGAGGUUUCGUGGGACUCGCUGGCAGCCACGAGUAUCAUGAGACAGUGGUAUCAUCAGACCUGCAUGGAAUAUGGUUACUAUCAAACGACAAACUCAAAUAAAUCAAUCUUUGGAAAGCUGUUUCCCCUAAAUUAUUUUAUCAAUUUGUGUACCGAUUUGUAUGGCGAUUAUUAUAAUAAAAAAAUACUGGAUUCACAUGUGAGAAGGACGAAUAUAAUGUACGGAGGAAAAUUACCAGAUUUACGAAAUGUCAUUUUCACGAAUGGAAAUAGCGAUCCAUGGCAUCCGUUAUCGGUGCUCCAAGAUCUAAAUGCCUUUUCACCCGCUAUUGUCAUUAAUGGAUCUUCUCACUGUCGUGAUAUAUAUAGCGAUGUAGCCACGGACCCGGACAAUUUGAAAGCAGCCAGAGCAAAGAUUCGUAAAAUAAUUGGCAAAUGGAUUUCCUCUUAAAAAUUCCUGUUAAAUAUCU